AUGUGUCAAUCUUAUCAACAAUGUGUGUCUGGUAAAUGUAUCGAUCGGGGAGUAUUAUCGUUUACAUUGACUUGGAAUAGAGUAGGUGAUGGGGAUAUUGUUAUCACAAUACCCAAUGGAAAUACAAUAAUGUACAGUAAAUCCGGUCCCAAUGCCCAAACGAAUUAUGGUCAGUUAGAUAUAGAUGAUAAAACAGGCAUGGGUCCAGAAAAUGUUUAUUGGAAUUAUACAGAACCCGACCGUGGAAUUUAUCUAGUCUGUUUUCAGCAGUAUGUGUUUAGUCCAUUUGCCACUCCAAGUAAUCCAAUAACGGCUGUCGUUGAAGUGAAACGGACUGGGCAAGCACUGCAAACGUUUAGGAAAACAUUUACGCAACGUAUGCCAGAUCCUUUGCCAAAUAGUUGCCGAGAAACGUAUGAUACCUAUAUGGGAUCAAUUUUUUAUUAAGAAAAGACAUUCUGAAUAAAUUCACAUUGUUUACUUGAGGGUAUAUGUGAGUGGAGGUGUCGGCAUCCAUGGGGGUUGUGGGAUGUGCCUAUAGGGGUAUGGGUGUGGCAAUAGGAAUUCGUUGCUUCUCUUCGCGAGCACUCACAUCCAUCUAGUUUUCAAACAUCGAAAAAUGUGACAGUGUUUUGAGAAUAUAAUCCUCUUUUGAGUGGGUCGACAUAUGUACUGCAAAGUCGAAUAAACGAAGCAAGAUUGUUGUUAACGUUCUCUCUUCUCUCUAUGUGUGGUUCGAUAGAGAUAUAUGUAUUCUUUUAUAUCGUUAUAAAAACAGUUGUUAAUUUUACGGUACGAAAUAAAGUAGUCCACGUACAUCAAGGACAUACGAAUACAUAUAUCUCUAUCGAACCACACAUAGAGAGAAGAGAGAACG